AUGCAAACAUGUUUCUACAUACAAACAUGUCACAGUACAACUCCACAUGACAAGGUCCAUUUAAUACAAGACCAUGUAGAUCUCAGGCACUUGCCGUAUGUUUCACAUGUUUGUACGGAAGUCUGGUAUAUUCCCACACCAUUCCAACCACAACAUCUCAAAGCAGCUUCUCCGAACUUCUCGGUGCUGACGAGGGAUCAGACGAUAAUAGCGGCCAGGGAGGAGACCAUCGUUCUCGAAUGUUCCUUCCACGUCCAGCAACUGAAUCUCUUCGUCAACCCUCUCAUCUGGGUGAAGAGGCAGCUUAACGAGGAGGUCAAGAUUAACAUCAUGAGAAAACUAAAAGAACCAUUCGCUGGUACCAAAAGGUUCCUAUCAACUAUGAGGUCUGAUCCACCCAAACACACAUUCAGACUCACCAUACUCAAGCCUCGCAACUCGGCCACUAACAUUCGCACUGCAUCAUAUGAAACAUGA